AUGUCUGCCCUACCAAGGUCAAUUGCAUCGCGCGUCCUCGCCCCUGCCCUGCGGCCCUCUGCGACGAGGGCCAUGGCCCCGUCGUUCCGCACAUAUGCGACCAACGAGCCCACUCCCCACGGCCACAAGACGAGCUCUGAGGAUGCGCCCGCCGUCAAGCUCAACAGCGACUCGACCCAGAUCCGCGAAGAGUCCGCCGCCGAGGGCAUGAGGCACCAGCCAGACUACAAUGUCGCCAUCGACUACCGGACCUCCAACUUCUCCCCCGUCCCCAAGCGUGUCAUGGAUGGAAGCGAGCCCGGUGAGAGUGUCGCCGCUGCCGUUCUCUCCGGCGCUCCCACCGACCUCCAGGCGCGUACUGUCCGCAUCUACAAGCCCACCAAGACAGCCACACAAUCCGGCGACUGGAACGCCUCACACUGGCUGAUGGACUGGGACGUCCUCCCCAAGGGCCACCGAUGGGAGAACCCGCUCAUGGGCUGGCAGUCGUCGGCCGACUUCAUGAACGGCCACCGGAUACAGUUCAAAUCCAAGGAGGAUGCCAUCAAGUUUGCUAACAAGCAGGGCUACGAGUACUUUGUCCAGGAGCCCAACAAGCGGAAGACCACCCCCAAGGCCUAUGCCAACUUGUUUACUCACCAGCCCAAGAAGCUCAAGGUCGUUCUCACCAAAUAA